ACAACAGAUAAUUUUUUUUUACUCGACUUUAACAGAGGUGCCAAAAUGUGUGGAGAGUCCUAUAUGUUUCUGUAAAUUACUGAUCCAGUGGUCCUAACACUUCCUGCUAGUUGUCAUAAAUCAAAUAAUAAAUAAAUAAAAGUAAACCGUUCUCUAAAGCAUGUAAAGUUUUGGUAAAAUUCACAAUAUUGCAGAAAAAAAAGUAGAAACUGUAAAUGUUGAACUCUAAGAUGUAAUUUCCUCAAAGUAAUUUACAGUAACCAGAAAAGUCAAACAUUUAAGAGUUUAGCAGAACAUAGCGGCAAACGUUGGAAGCAGGUUCAGUUACAUCAACCAAGACAACGUUUUGGGGAACAAAGUAGUGACCAUAAGGAAUUGAGUUUUAAAGUACAGUCAGUGCUGCUAAAACCAGCUUCACUUCACAGAGAGCAUGUCGUCACUGUAAAGAAGGAAGUAGUUGCCAAACAACCACCAAAAUAAUGUUUUUAAAAGCAAAGCUAAAGUUUGCAGCUAAUCACACAGGCUAGAAAAAAUACCCACAUGUAGGAAAACUACACAGAUGAGAGUAAUGGUGUCCAAUGGAUUAACUAUUGAAUUAUUUGGACACAAGUGUGUGGGGGAAAAAGCCACCAACCGUGCUUUGAAGCUUCAUAUCAACAUGCCGCAGCAAAUCCUUGAGCUGUUUUCCUGUCAUUUAAACUGAUUAUACAAAGUAGAUUGAAUAAUGAGCAGCAGGUCCCCAAACCACUACAAAUUGCCUGCAGUGUGUUGUUUUAGCAGAGCACUGUCCAAACAAAACUAAUUGGGUUGUGGAUUAGUAAGUGGAAGGCCCCAUAAUCUAAAAUAUGUUUACUGUAAAAGUCACGUCUAUAAAAAGAAAAUGGCUAUAAACUGCAGAACUGAUGAAGCCUUUUGGGGGGGACACCAAAAUGAUCGAGUACCUGAAGGACACAGACUAAACUUUUGCUAAAACUAAUCUGAUUUUCAUUUUAGAUGAAUGAAAAUCAGUUUUCAUCCAGCUGAUUUUGAAGCUAAAGUUUGCAGGGGGACCUUUAACCGAAGCUGAAGUAUUCUUCCAAGUCUCUUCUAGUCAUGUUUACCACAUGUUAAUAGUAGAUGAGACACGUCCACACACCUGGAUACCAGUGCAGGGUUGCGAGGGUAUGAUGUCUUUCUCUAGGGGUCGCUGGGCACCUGUCCAACAUUCACCCCUCUCCAUCACUAGACAAAACGGAGAUAAGCAGGACAAACAACCUUACACACAUGCACACUCAUACCUAAGGGCAAAUCAGAGAGAAAUAUAAUGCAACAUGUAUUUCAGAACUUUGGGAGGAAUACGGAGAGAACAUGCAGAAAGACCCCGUACAAGGAUUUGAACCAAGGACCUUCCUGAAGCAAUGCAUCGCUGCUAACAAUUGAUUUUACACCAGGUAAUUACAAAUGCCAAAAGAAAAGUCACAUGACAAGAUAAGCAAUGUAAGGGGAAAUGUAAUUGAUACUUAACACAAACAAAAAAAGGUAAAACAAAUAGGUACAGAAGUUCUCAUGAAAUGUAGCUGCAGUGAACAGUAAAGUUUUCAUUCCAGUUUUAAAGUUUUAAAUGAGCAACCAGUUUCUUCACACUUCAGGUCUGCUAAAUUUGUUUUCUGUUCCUCCAAGAGGACAGGCCGAAAAGGCGUAAGUCAGCUGUAUGAAAGUCUUUGAAGGAUCUAAUGAAGUACACAUUGCACUUUAAUGUGAACACAUGUAUGUGCCGCUAACAAAUAUAGGUGUUUUUUUUAAUUCUACUUUACUUCUGAAGUUUAACUCUGCGUUUUGGCGCUUUUGCUCAGCAAUUUCUGUUUCUUGCUUUUUUAACAAAUCAUUUUGUAAUAAAGUCUGUAGUGUCGGUUUUGCGGCGGCAGGGCUGAGUGAUGCAUAUCAUUAAAGGCUAAUUUUACCUCAUGAACAGAAACACAGACAGAUUUUUUUUUUAUUUUAACAGUCAUUUCCUUUACCAGCUCAAAGGAGCUGCAACUUGCAUGUUACAGGAAGUAGACAGAACUGUCAUGUUGCAAAUGAAAUAACACCAUCAUGUCAGGGAGCGACAACCAAAAGACGGUCGCUGUGGAUGCUGCUUUCCUCAAAUCCAGGAGGGGGAUAGUCAAAGUGGCGGAGAUGGGAACCCUGCUCGUUGCAUUUGUGUGUUUCGCUGUUGCCUCCACGCCAAAGUACCUUACGGCCACGUUGUUGGAGUUUCUAAUCACUCUGCUUCUGCUGCUUUUGUACCUACUGAAACUCAACAAGAGGAUCACAUUCCUCUUUUGGCCUAUUGUUGAUGUUUUCAACUCAGUGUUUGCAGCGAUCUACCUCCUUGUCUUGAGCCUCAUGGCGUUGACUUCAAACCCUGUCACUGGAGCACUGGUUGGAGGGGUGGUGAGCCUAAUUUCAGCUGGACUUCUAUUUGUGGACAGCUACACACUUUUCAGAAACAUCACAUUCAACAAAUCGAGAAAUGAAACGCAGAAUCAAAGCAAUGAAUAAAAACUACAUAGUCAUUGAAAAAGCAUUAAAUGAGGCCACAAGCCUCACCAGCUUAAGAGUUUAUCUGUGUUGUAUUUAGAGUCUGUUUUAUGUUUUUCAGUGUUUCUGGCCCAAAUUUCUACAUUAUGUAAUACCAACAUGAGUCAUUUUUUGGGAAUAGUUAUAACAAGUGAAAUGCAAAAAAAUAUUUUGUUCAAAAGUAAGUCUUCAAUAAAUACACACAGCACACAGUUACUACAUAAAUCAUAUCAUCAUCUAUGGCAAACUUGUCAGAACAUUCAUCAUUUAUUUUCUGUCCUAUUGAAACGUGUUUUAUUUUGUGAAACAUG